UACGAAUUCAGAGUAUUUUUUCAGUGACAUGCGCCGAAGGAUCUACGCACAUUUCUUAAGAAUACAAAACCUUCGACGAAGCUGUUUAUCCACUCGUUGCUUGGUUCGCAUCCAGGAGGUGCUGGAAUGCACCUGUUCUGCUGAAGGUCUACAUACUUGUUCUGCGCCGAGUCGUAUGCUCUGGGGUCUAUGUCAGACACGUUGACGUCGGCCAGCCUGUUUGCUUCGUGUCUGACCACCUUCAAGCGCGGAAGAAGUCGUCAGACUUUUUCAAAGCGAAUCCCUUUAUACUUACAAAUAGCAGCAUUUCUCUGAAAGCUCAACUGCGAAUCCUCUCAACCAGAACGAAAUCUCCCUUGAUAUGUCCCUUCCGGCGCACCCUAAAGGCCCGUUGACCAGCAGCGAUUCGACACCAUGCUCGGAGGGCAAUACGGCACCAACUGCCCAGACGACGCAGGUCUCGGCCGAUGACAUGACUCGACCAAUCAGACUCGACCAACUCAGAAAACCCUCAAGAUCUUCUUUCUCGAUCAGCAGCAGCUCCCUUCAGGAAAAGUCGUUUCGCCAGGGUCGCGUCUUUCAUCUCAGAGCUCACGCCAGGUCUCAAUACGGCGACUCGACUCUGUCCAAAUUCGGCCCCGCACAAACCAACGAUGACGGCCCCCAUCCCGACGACAUCACCCUCGCCACUCGGGGGGCCCCUCAACAAACCGACCAAGACGGCGAUCAGCUGUCGGCUCAUCUUUCCAAAAUGCCCCUAUCUAGGUCCGCCCUGUUUUCCACCUCCGAACUCAAACCCGUCGCCAAGGACAACGAAUUGAGCUCCUUCGCCGACAAGGCCACCCUCCACAAAUCGGAUUCCAACAUAUCUUCCAAGCUGAUAUGGAAGAAAAACCGGGCGUCGUCUUCGACCGUAGAGGGCAAAGGCAAAAAACAACCGAACGCCGCAAUCCUCUCCUCCUCCAAAAAAGUCCCCCCUGCUAAGCCCGCCACCGUCGCAAAACCGCCCAGCAGGGGCGCCGUCAUCACCCUGCUCGACAAAGUCAUCCCUAUCACCGAGAGCAUGUUCGACGACCCGUCGAAGUACGAUCCGCUCGUCUUUUCGUUCGACAAAGAAGAAACUCCGGAAAACGUAAUCUACAUGUCCGCCUCCGACAAAGAAACCGUCGACUACAACAAGGAGUUUCCCGCCGUCAAGGCCGCCGUGCUCGAAAAACUCAUUCUGGGCCUCACCCCGGAAGGAUAUUCCGACCCGGACUUCAUCUUCACCUUCCUCAUCAACAUGCCCAGCUUCACCACUCCCAGCAGAGUCCUCUCCCUGCUCAAACUGCGCUGGAACAUCCCCUUUCCAGACCACCCCCCCCUUUCAGCAGACGGCAAAACGCCCAUCGACUUCGAAACGUUUCAAAAAAAAAAACUAUUCCCAAUUCGGCUGCGCAUCUUCAACGUGCUCAAACUCUGGCUCGAAGACCACCAAAAACUCGUGGACGAGGAAACAAAAUCCCUGAUAAAGGAAUUCGUCUCCGAAACCAUGUCGAAGGACCUCCCGGGACCCGCCGCCCUUCUAAUGCGCGUCAUUCAAGCCAUGGGCGAACACAACGACGAAAAUGUCAUGUUCAACCACGACCCGCCCAAACCCCUCAUUCCAACCCAGCUGAAACAGCCCCUGACCCUCCUGAACAUCCACCCCGAGGAACUGGUCCGUCAAAUCACCCUCCUGGACUCCAACUACUUCAGGAAAAUCAACCUGCACGAAUUUCUAAACAACGGGUGGAUGAAGCCGGACAAAGAACGGCGCUCCCCAAACAUUCUGAUCAUGAUCAACUCCUUCAACAACAUCUCCAGAUGGGUCUCCAGCGAAAUACUGAGGCAAACCAGUCUGAAACAACGCGCCCUAACCAUCAACUUUUUUAUUUGUAUGGCACAAAAAUUCUAUGAGUACCACAACUAUAACGGCAUCAUGGAAAUCCUGUCCGCGCUCCAAAACUCCGCGAUUCACCGCCUCUACGACACCUGGGACAUGCUGCCCCUGAAGUCCUGGGAGAUGUUCAACAACCUGUGUACGCUCAUGAACAGCAACGCCGGCGAAGGAAACUACUACUGCUACCGAAUGGAGCUCGAGGGCUGCAUCCCCCCCGUCAUACCCUAUCUGGGCGUCCACCUCACGGACCUCAUCUUCCUGAACGACGGCAACAAAGACUUCAUCGACGAGGAGAAAAAAAUGAUCAAUUGGUACAAAAUGUCAAAAAUCGCCCGCGUCGUUCGAUCCAUGGCCAUCAAGCAACAGGCGCCCUACUGCCUGUCCAUCGUGUAUCCUAUCAUAAGAUACGUCAUCGAGGCGAAACUGCUGUCCGACGAAGAGCAAUACGAGCAGUCGCUGAAACUGGAGAAAAAGGUCCCAAAGUCUCAACGAGGACAAACGAUGAAGACGAUGAAGAAAAUCAAAGUCGACUUUAGAGCGUACAACAUCGAUACUUGAACGCCCAUCGUUUCUCCAAGCAGAGAAGAUUUAGAAGAGCCCGCUCUUCUGCCGCUCUUUUGCGUCCCAAAAAACAAACAGGAAGUAUUUUUGUUUUCGGAAUUUCGCUUGCGUAACCAGCAGGCAUGGCGCUGUCUUUUUCCCCUUGGCGUGCUUCGGGUAUCCGUGACGCACUUCGAGGGAGAAACGUGGUGAUUUUUUUGGAAGAGUCGACGCUGUACUACCCAUCUCUCAUGUCCGUUCGCUAAUAAAAAAAAAACUGAUAUGAGGCUAAAAAAAAA